AUGAAUUCUCGUUCUGUAUCAUUUGUUGAUAGACUGGAAUUAGAAUUCACUGGAAAUCACUUCUCACAUGCUCUAACUUUAGGAGAUGUGGACGGAGAUGGACUCAAUGAGUUUAUCGUUGGUAAUGUCGAAGGACAGUUGUCUGUUUUUAAAGGAAAUACUUCAGGAAAACCCUGGCGUAGUGCAACAGGAUUAGGAUCUAUAACGUGUGUCACUACUGGUGAUCUAUUUAAUACAGGGAAGGUUCAAUUAAUAUGCAUCAAUGCAAUGGGGAUGUGCUAUAUAUUCAGCUUAUAUCGUUCAUCAAAGUCAAGAACAGGUAGUAGUGUGGAGCCAGUACAUACGCAGGAACUGCCUCCUAAUAUUAAAGUGAUGAUCAUCGCCAGUAUAGCUCCCGAUAAUAAGGAAGAACUGUUUGUUGGUCACACUGACCGAUAUAUUGGAGUCUACCGCUGGACUAACGACUUUAACAGGUUGGAGUUACGUCACAGAUUAACACUGGAAAGACAAAUUGGUUCAUUAUCUGUUACCAUGACAUCAGAUGGGCGGAGUCAACUCCUUGUGUCUCAAGUGGGCGGUACUUACGUUCCCCUGGAAUAUGUAGAGAAUGUUGAGGACCUCUUCCCCUCCAUAUCCUCCUCCUCAAUGCUAUCAGAUAAUUCUACUAAAGAUAUUCAAGACUCCAGCGACACUGGCAGAGGAGACAAGGAGAACUACAUUAACAUGAGUUUAGAGAAUGAGCCGGAGGAGAAGAGGAGGGCAAGUGACUCCGUCAGUCUUAAACAAAAUAAAACACCAAAGGUGUCUAGACACUCCUCUACUGGUGAU